AUGUCGUCUUCUGAUAAUAAGACUUCUUCGAAAUCACCUUCCACCACCAACAUUAUUACUUCUACUUCUAAUAGUUCUUUAGCAACAGCAACAAGUACUUUAUCUUCCGCAAUUAAUACCACCACUUCAGCCAUUACUACAACGACUUCUGUUCUUACUUCGACCUUAUCUUCCUUAACUUCUAGCGUAUUACCUUUGACUUCCGUCUCCUCCCCCUCUUCUUCCUCCUCGUUGUGGUCACGACGACUUUCUUCUUCGACUUCCUCUAUAGUCGAAGAAGGAAUGAAUAAUAAAAUUAAUCAAAAAGAAGUUAAUAAGAUAACCACAGAAAUGUUUAGUAAGGUUGCUGAAUAUUUAAAAGGAGAAAUGUUAGCAACAACUGAAGAUUAUAAACUUUUAGAAAAUAUGAAUAAAGUUACGCGAGAUCGAUAUAAAGAAAUGUCUGGAAUGGCUCAAAAUUUAGUAGUCGAAAUGGCUAAACUUCAAAGAAUUUAUAUUGAUUUAGAACCAUAUGUUCAACAAAUUGAUGAGAUUUCAGAACAAGUUGAUUUUUUGGAAAAAGUUACAAAUGAAUUAGAUGAUUAUUCUAAAGAAUUAGAAUUGCGUAUAAAAAGACCAGGAACUACAAAUCCAAUCAUUCGUAAGAAAAAUUUAACAUAUGCUUCAAAUAUUCAUAACCGAGGUCAUGUUAAAACUUCUUUGCGAAAGGAAAAAGAAAGCCAAUUACCAGUUGGUUAUUUUACAUUAGGAAUUAUUCUUUUCGUAGUUGUUGCGAAUCAACGUGAAAAAGAAAUUGAUAUUGCACGAUGCAAAGGCAAUUGGAGUGUGAUACCUGAAUUGGCAAGAAAAUUUAAAAAACAUAGCGCAGCAGGAAUAGUGCUUGAGCAAACUUCUUUAGCCGAAUUUAGUUUAAUUCAAGCGAUUGAAAAGAAUGCAAUCGAAAAAAAUUUUACUGAGGAAGCAUAUGAUAAUGAUUCACCAGAAAAUAUUACAGUUCCUCCAACAAUUGAUCCUGAUGAUAGUGAAUCAUUGUCAUCAUCGUUAAUCACAGAUGUAUUUAAUAAAUCAGAGUUAGCAUUAUCUCAUGCUUCAGGACAAGAGAAAGAGUACAUAACUAUAAUAUUAGCAAGAGCACAUUACGUUGUCGGACGACUUGACAAAUGUCUCAUAGCUUUGAGUUCUGAUUUUGUAUUACAAAAUAUACCAUCAGGAUAUAAUUUUGUGUUGAUAAUUCAAGGAUUAACGAUUCGAGGAAUGGCAAGAGAAGCACUUUUUGAUGAGGAAGGUGCAAUCGCUUGUUAUGAUCAAGUUAUUACAUUAUUAUCUCAAUAUUCAGGUGAAAAAUCUGAACAACAAUUAUCAAUUUGGUCAGAAGAAGCUUUAUAUAGAGCGUGUUUAUUGAAAGCAUUUCGAACAUAUCAAAAUUAUAGUGGAAUAUGGGGAGAUAAAUUUCUUCUUCAUAAACGAGCUGUAAUUUUCAAGAAUUUUAUUAAGAUUCUUUCUAAAUCAUAUCAAGAAGGUUCAUACGUUCCUCCAAGUGUUCAAUCUACUAGUGUUAAUGGUAACGGCCAACCAUCAGUUGUAUUUACUCCUACAUUUCGUAUUGAACUUACCGGAUUACAUUCUUUAUAUGAGAAUGUUUUAUAUCAAAUUACUUCUUUUCCAAGAGCUGGUGAAGUUAAUCAAAAAGUCUUAGAAUUCGUUGAUCAGGUUAUGUCAGAUUGGGUGAUAUUAAGAGGUGGAACUGCGACAGAAAUGAGAGGACUUGUGGAUAUUCUUUAUCGUGCUACACAAAAAACUUUUCAAUCUCCUAGAAUUCUUCGACAUCUUAUAAGCACUUUAAUUACACUCGGUGAUUAUGAAGAAGCCGAAUUAGCAGUUAAUUCUUACGUUUCUCUGAUUGAGAAGAAUAAAGAAACUAAAAAAGAAGAGAUAGAACAAAAGAUUCAUUUAUCUAAAAAGAUGACUUCGAAUGAAUACACGGAUGGUGAAAGUUCCGAACACGUUAUACAGUCCAAAAAAACUUUGGAAUUAGCACAAAAGGCAGUUAAAUGGGGUGAACAAAGUAUCGACGUUAAUGAUGAAUUAUUAGCUCACGCUUGGCGUUGCGUUGGUGUGGGUUGUAGUUUAAUGGCCCGUGAAGAAAGUGAUCAAGACAAGCGUCCCGAAUUUCAUACUGAUUCUAUUGAAGCAUUUACUAAAUCAAUCCAAUUCGAUCCCGAAGCUUUUGAGACACAUUAUUUAUUAGCAUUAGAAUAUGCCAUAACUCGAGAUAUUGGACAAGCAACUUCUAGUGUACGUCAAGCACUUGAACUUGAUAGUACAAGUAUUUCAUGUUGGCAUUUAUUAGUUCUCUUAAUGUCAUCACAAAAAGAUAUUCAAGGAGCUUUAAAAGCUUCAUUUGGACCUGAUACCACAAUUCAAAAUUAUGAUAAAUUAUUUGCAUUAUAUACGAAAGUUUAUCCGGAUUAUAAUAAUAACAAUAGUUCAAAUUCAUCAAAUGGUUCAAUUUAUGAUUCAACAUUUAGUUCACGAAAACCUAGUCACAUUUUUGAAGAACAACUUAUACCCGUGACUACUUCCACAAUUCCUACUACACCCACAACACCUAAUAGAUUUACUACAAGUUCUCGUAGUAUUUCAAGUAUUAAUAAAGAUGGAAAUGCCAGUACUGAAGGAUCAAUAUCUAGUAUUGGUAUCGGUAAUAAUAAAGAUACUUUAGACGUUCCCAAAACAAGCUAUGCACCCUCAAUAUCAUCAUCUAGGAAUUCAUAUUCAUCUCGACGUAAUAGUCCAACUCCAACUAUUUCCGGUUUGGCAGCUUCAUCUUCCAAAUCUGCCACAUUCUCAUCAUCAAAUACUUCGAAUUCACCAAAUUUAAAAAUUAAACAAAGACGUCAACGUGCUGCGAAAGCUUUGGCGGAUUUAUGGCUCUCUUCGGCAUCCACUUUUCGUCGUCUAGGAAAUUUUGAAGAAGCUCAAAAAGCUAUUGAAAGUGCGGAAGAUGCUGAUAAUACUAAUCCGAAUGUUUGGUUCCAGUUUGGUCUCUUGCUUUUCGCACAAGGACAAUUUAAUGAUGCAAUUACCUCAUUUCAUAAAGCUCUGGCAAUUGAUGGACGGCAUGUUUCUACUUUGGUUCAUUUGGCUAGAACUUAUUUAGAAACAGAUAAUCUCGAUAUUGCAGAAGGAAUUCUUGAAAGUGUAAUCAAAAGUAAUGGAUGGGAUUGUGCAGAGGCUUGGUUAUAUCUUGGUAAAAUAUGUCAAGCCACUAACAGAAUCAAAAGAACCAAGGAUUGUUUAUGGUACGCUUUAGAUUUAGAGGAAACUAGUCCUAUUAGACCAUUCAAUAUUUUACCUGUAUGCCUUUAA